AUCAUCACGUCCAACCGGCCCUUCCUGCUCGUAGGACUGCACCACGAUUUCAUUCUGGACCGCGGGGCACGGACAAUCUCUACCGAUAUGCCUGGCCUAUCUGUGAAUACAGAUACUAGCACGCAUGGGCAUACACUCUCCUACACGCCCAUGACAGGAGCCGAUACCCAGGCACCUCUGGAGACACAUGCACUGGGAGAUGGUACUAUGAACACAGGCACAACAGACGCAGCCAGCGAUGGGAGUGAGGGGGUGGGGACUACGGCACACACUCGCAGCGACGGGGGGGCUGAUAGCACUGACACACACACACACAAGCACACAAGCACGCACACAAGCACACACACAAACGCACAUGUGAACACACACACGAACACACAUGUGAACACACACACGGGAGACAUCCAGCAUAUGGCAGGCAACGACCCCUCCGGUGCGAGCCCACACAGUACGAGUACAAGCACAGACACACACAACACACGCACACAGACGAGAGAGACGACGGAGACACGCGGAGUGAGAGAGAGCGACGCAGAACAUCGGGCGCAUCACAGGCACACGCGGCAGAUGUCAUGGACACUGUCGGAAAGAGAACUAGACAGCUACACACGGCUCAUCCCUUACACUGAGGGAGUGCACAUGGCUGGGGAAAUAGGGGCGGUGAGUACUAGUAUACAAGUAAUGGUAGUUAAGUAA